AUGUCGAAUAGCACUUACAACAUAGUCCCAAUACAUUGGGGAAGUCGAGGUAUAGGGAUACCCGAUUGGUUCUCCGAGUUCACGCUGUGCCUCUCACCACUUAUUGCCCACAUUCUUUCCGGAGCACCCAGACCAUCCUACCUGACCUCCAAUCGUCCCAAGUGGCACGACCGUUUGUGCCUCCUCAAUCCCAUCUCCAUCGUGUGGAGAUAUGCAGCCAUUACUGAACGACGAAUCCAGACCAGAGACUGGCAACCCAAAGACAUUGCUGUCGCGAAUGCUGUGUUCUGGACUCCGCGGGGCUGGGACGGAUCAAAAAUAAUGCGAUGGCGUGCGAUGUCCUACAUGUCAUAUCUACCGCAGCGAAAUCGAGUCGAAUUUCUCUCUCUGGAGAUGCUCAAGACGAUUAUCCUGUUUCUCCAAGGCGUGCAAGCUGUGACGGCAAUCCUUUGCAAUUAUACAUCCACUGGCGAUUUCACAAGCUUUGAUACCAUCAGCGGUCUAUUCAUCCCACUUGGUAUAGCAGGGCUACUGAGAGUCUUUGCCGCACCGUGGCUGACGGACGACUUCAACUUUGGCAUCUCUUCGCAUGGUGCCGAGCGCCCUCUUCGGAGCACGAAUGGACGUCGAACAAUGCCCCUGCUGAUGCUGGACGACAUAGGCUACGGAUACGGGCAAAAAGAGCAAUAUCAGUCAUCAGGAGCUGCAGACGGCCAUCCUUGGCUUUGUGGCAUCCUCAGAGGUCUGUUCAUGCUACCUGUAGUCGGUAGUUGGGCCCUGAGCUUCAUUUAUGUGACACCAUGGAUUGGCAGCUUUGGUCUUAAGGGCGUAUACACAACAACAGGAUUUGUUUUUGGCCUGUACUACAUGUUUCUGACGACGCCAAUGCUCCUGAUAAUUGGAUAUUACUUUUGCAAAGGCCCCUUGGAAACGACCAUUAUCCCUUGCAUUUCGCGCGUUUGGUACAAGGUUUACUGUGUUGCUCUCACUCUUUUCACCAUUAUUCUCGUUGUCAUUACUGCCGUGGAAACCCGCAAGACUGUUUGUGGCAAGUACACAAGCCAUGCAACUGGAUCCCAACAUCCAUGUGCCACAGGAAACACCAAGUUGAUAGAGAUUGGACCAACCUCGGACCAAGGCUUUGGCAUUAUCCAAGCCGUGUCGGGUCAGACUGUGGUGACAAACUUGACCGGGUCUUGUAUAGGUACACUAACCCCGAUCAACCAUUGA